AUGGCGGUGGCAGAUGUGAAGUUAAAUUCACCAACUCAAACAAACAGUCAAAGUGUUGUUGUCAAUGUCAAAGACAGAGAUGUUGAAGUGGGGAAACCAUACGAAGACGAAGAUGGUAUAACAAUUGUUCCCUUAAAAGAACCAACAUAUCCUGAAGUUAACAGAGACUUAAGUUCUGUUGCAGAUAUUCGAAACGACUACCAACAACUGAAAGACAAACUUCAAACUCAGGAGAAGAUUUGUCAAGCUUUAAGUAUAAUGUUAAACUUGGUCGAACACAACCCUGUAAAAGUGAACUCAUAUGUCAUUGCACUCAUGAAGUUUUGA